AUGUCUAUUGAGAUUGGGCCCCUUCAAAUCGCAGCCAUCGUUUCCGCCAGCAUCGCCGUCAUCCUCGUCAUCCUUGUUGUCUUUUAUCGCCUCUAUCGACGAAGACAGCGUGGUACACGUACCUCUGCCCACCACUCUCCCACUUCCUCCACUUCUUCUCUUUCCCCGUCGCAACAUUCUCGUUCGGCUAGCGUGAGGGGGACGUCGAUGACGACUUCGGGUCUUGGUUCAGCGACCAACAUCCUUACACAGAACGCUCGAACACCUCUCGCGCCGAUUCCUAGUACAGGACAAACAGUUUCGGUGACUCCAAGCACCGGUGGAGGCUACCAUGGUAGCUCAAAGCUGAGAAAGAUGAUGAUUGGCGCCGGCGGUGGAAAAAGUUUACCCGCAGAUAAACAUGCAAGCGCGGAGCUGGUAGUCAUCACAUACGAAGAUGGCCUGCGUAAGCUGGGAAUAGAUCCCAGCUGUGGCCAGCCUCAUCCGCACCAUAUCCUGUACUCAGAGUACGAUGAGAGUGAGAUGGACAAUGGCUCUCAAGUCAGAGCGGUGGAUUCUCCGAGGGCGAAACCCGGACGUGAUAGGGGAAAGGCGCCACCACCGGCGUUGGAAAGUACGUGGUUGCCAAGUUAUUAUCAUGAGCCUCGGACAGUGCAUGGAUGA